AACAAUAAUUGUAACCGACCUAAACCCUCCGGGUGGUCGAGGUCGAUUACCUGUGGCUCCUGAACAGAACACCCUGGCCAGGCACUGGGAAUGGGAAAGGAAAAUUACAGGAAUCAACACCCUUCCUGGUGUUACCUGAAGUCCCUUUGCAAAGGCAGGAAAGAUAAUCACUCCUGGAAAGGCACUUUCGAGACCCCAAGAUGCUACAUUUUCUUGCUUUACAGCAACAAUUUUGCGAAACCUUGGCAAAGGUACCAAAAUUUUAGCACCUUUAGGCACUAUAAGUCUUACCUUUGUAUUUUUUAGUGUGACGCACAAAGAGAAAGACCUAGCCCAGCAGCAUGUAUUCUUUCGGAGCGUCUCUCAGAGAUCCUUACUCACUGAUGAGUUCUCCGGCUAAAGCUCUUCCCGGCAAGCCCCGGACUUGCCGCCAAGGUGAGGCCAAGGCCAAGUGGCCGGGAAGCCUCCCCCCCCCCCCCUCUCCUCGCGAACUCAUUGUUUGUACACUUGCCGGCGCCCAACUCGCCAAAACUCAACUCGCCCACUCGAGUGGGGGGUGGGGGACAUCUUCAAAUGACGCAGGCAUCAAAUUAUCCUCCGACGCCGCGCGUAGCGCGUGCUGUACCACCACCUCUAAUUGUCCAGCACGAGUGAGGCUGGUGCGUGGCCUGGGCCGCCCAGCCGGCAGAGCUUGUCAGAAACCGGUGGAGAGCAGCAGACACUUCGCACAAUGCCGAACGCCCCACCUAGGUCGCGCCGCUCGCAGCAGCAGUGUAUGCAGUAUGGCCUCUGUCUGUUUCUUCUGGCACUGCUCUCUCCUGUCGGCGCGCUGCCACCCAGCGCUGAUGGCGCGCCAACCAAUCACAGCCGAGUUCUGAUCGUCGGCGCCGGGGCAGCCGGGUACGCCGCUGCCGCCCGCCUCCUCGAACACGGCUGGUCUGACUUCACAAUCCUGGAGGCCGAACCCCGCAUCGGCGGCCGCAUCCACUCCGUCCGCGAAGCAGGCACCAUCCUCGAGAUGGGUGCCGAGUGGGUUCACGGCGAGAACGUCGUGUAUGAAAUGGCGGCGCCGCUGCAGCUGCUGGGCCGACGCUGGUCGGACUCGGACGCCGAGGUGUCAGUCGUGUGGAGUGGGGGUGUGGAAGCUGACAUUGAGGACGUCAUGCUCCUCUACAACACGUCCAUUGAUAUCCAUGAUGCAGGGGCACACGGAGAGCUAGCUAACUAUAACGGAUCGUUCGGAGAAUGGUUCCUAGAAAAGUUUAACAAGCGCCUACAGAGCUUGGAUCGCCGCCCACCGCCUGAUCUGGUUGAAGCAUUCCUGGACGCGUACCAAAAGGGCGUUGGCCUCGAAGAAGGCGCGCACUCGUGGAACGAGCUGUCCGGCCGCGGGAUGACAGAGUACGAGGAGUCCCGAGGAGAGAACGAGGGGCUCUUCUGGAAGCGAGACGGCUUCAUCUCGGUGUUCGAUCUGCUCACAAAACGCUUCCCAAACUCGUCCCAGGAGCUGCCGGUGCGCCAGCGGGUGCUGCUGGACAGCGAGGUGAGUGCCAUCCGCUGGGGAGAGCGUGUCCGCUCUGAACUCCCCGCGCCGCCGGUGGUGGUGGAGCUCUCCCACGGCGGCAAACACACCGCGGACAUCGUGCUGGUGACCGUGUCACUCGGCGUGCUCAAGCACCGCGACAUAUUCGACCCGCCACUGCCCCCUCGGAAGAUGAAGGCCGUCGAGAACUUGGGCUUCGGCACUGUAGAGAAGGUGUUCCUGCACUUUACCGAGCCUUGGUGGCCAUCCGACGUGGCGGGCUACGAGCCCCUGGUGAGGGAAGAGGACCGGGAGACGUUCAAACGGGAGCACCCCGAGUUCGCCGCUCACGGCGAGUGGGCGCACGCCCUGUCCGCCUUCUACGUGGACCAACACGCGCCUCGCAGCGCCGUCCUCUCAACAUGGAUCACCGGCGAGCCAGCCCGCCUCAUGGAGAGUUACACUGACUCCGAGCUCAUGAUGGGCUGUGUCAAGUGGCUGCAGAUGUUCGUUGGCCAGAACCUGACCAUACCGCAACCGGCUGGCUUCAGGCGCUCCAGCUGGUGGAGCAACCCCCACUUUAAGGGCUCCUUCAGCUACAUCUCGCUCGACUCGGACCGCGCUGACGUGAGGGCGGCGCACCUGGCAGAACCCAUCCUGGACGCUCAUGACCAGCUGGCCAUACUUUUUGCUGGAGAGGCGACACAUGGUCGGCACUACACUUCUGUGCACGGUGCGAUCGAGAGCGGGCAGAGGGAAGCGGACCGCAUCUUGAAGGAGUACAAGAAGAAGUAAUGAACUAUGUAAAUAUCCGUUCUCCGCGAAUAUUCGUACUUUGGAUCCAAUGUGAAGGGCCAUAGUAGGGUAUUUCGCUGCAACCCUUCGGGAACCUGAGAAGUAAAGCACGACUGCUGGUUCUUAUCGUGUGGACCAAUCAGCGUUCAGGAGAAACUGAAUAGGGCAGUUUAUUUUUCUACUCUAGGAUCCGAUUUUCUUUCAUGAAAAUCACCAGCAGUCGAACAACCUCUACUCUGUCCCGUAAGACUGAGUGUUCCUGUGCAAAUCCAGGCUGGAUUCAAAUACGUACCUCAAACAUGUAAACAGGGGCCCUACCCAUAUUGUGUGACCGAUUAUUGCAAUUAUUGACCCUACCUUUCCUACCUCCUGAUUUGCCUAGUGCAUAAAUGACCCCUAUCAAUGCAAUGAUAUUAAAUACGAUUAAUUUGCUA